GGCUGUGACGUCAAGGGGGCGUGUCUUGAGAAAGGACAGCAAGGACUCCAACAUGGGAGAAAGCUUCCAUGAUCAGCUGACAGAAGAUGGCGCCUUCCUCAGGGCUGAGAGGAGACUGGACACGGAAUUGGUGGACAAAAUCAUCCUGCAGCUCAACAGAAUCUACCCGCAAAUACUCACAGACAAGGAGGCCACGAAGUUCCGAAACCUAGACGUGCCUACGUGUGUCCGCCUGGGCGAGCUCCUGAUGCACCUGCAGGGGAAAGGCGAGGAAGCGUGCAGGGAAUUUUACCGGGCACUUCACCUGCAUGUAGAGGACGUGUACUACAGCUUACCUACACGCCUGCGCCUCAGAGAUUCUGCUGAUCCCCUCACAUAUCCGACAAGUGCCUACAAACAGAGACAAGUUAUGAAUGAUAAAGGCCCCUUCUUCUUCCUAGGCUGUUUCAGUAUUACAGUUGGAAUGGCAUUAGUCUAUUAUUAUGGUGAAGCCAAGAUGGCAGGAGGCAGCCGGGCCCUUGGCAUGGCAGCUCUGGGUUUGACGCAAAAAGCCCGUGAGGUUCUUAUAUGGUACACCGAAGAAAGCCUUAUCAAGUAAGAAUUGACUGAUCCUCAGUGGCCAUAAGGAUUCAGCAAAAACUAUCUGUACCAAAGCACAGCACCACACUUUGCCUUGUCAAAUAUGUAAUACUUUUUCUUUAUUUAUUACUAUUUUGGGGGUCCAAUACAAUGAUGAUGGGGCACAUUUGGGUCCACAGUGGCUUAUACUUGGUGGAUAUCUAUUUAAUUUAAGGGAAGUCAACUAUUAAAAUGAACUUAGCAGACUCUGCUUAUAAUAUUAAUAACAUUUUGUCAACUGUCACUAUGCAGUAUAUGGAAUUGUGUUCAUUUUAAUUUAAUGGAAAAUCCUAAAGCAAAUAUUGCAACUAAACGUUUUUAAUUAAGAAUUUGGAAAAUGUCGCCCUCGUGUGGUGUGAAUAGAGUACUUGCACAAAGCCAGUCUGUAAAAGGCAGCGUAAAAGCG